AUGAAACUCAAAGUCGAGGAGGAUCCCGAGAAGCACAAAGGCAUGUGCCUCCAGGAGCUAGUUGAGGCAAUCCCCCUGUUGGGAUCUCACUUGCGUCGCAAGGCUGUAAUGCAGGCCGUCGAGAGACUGCAGACGUUACAGAAGGAGUUGGAUUUGGGGUCAGAUUGCAAUCGGCCGGCGGCUGGUGGACGGGACUCCUUGAACGUGGAGGACACCCGAGUCGCGGAGGACACCCGAGUCGCGGAGGACACCCGAGCCGCGGAGGACCCCCGAGUCGAGGAGGGUCGCGGAGGCCAUGCGGGAGUUCAAGAAGUUCCAGCCAAGCAGAAUUCCGAAGGAUCCCACUGCCUUGGUGCAUCUGGACGUCACGGAGGAUCCCAAUGUAAGCCAGGAUCCCAAAGUAAGCCAGGAUCCCAAAGCAAGCCAGGAUCCCAAAGUAAGCCAGGAUCCCAAAGCAAGCCAGGAUCCCAAAGCAAGCCAGGAUCCCAAAGCAAGCCAGGAUCCCAAAGCAAGCCACGAUCCCAAAGCAAGCCACGAUCCCAAAGCAAGCCACGAUCCCAAAGCAAGCCACGAUCCCAAAGCAAGCCACGAUCCCAAAGCAAGCCACGAUCCCAAAGCAAGCCACGAUCCCAAAGCAUGCCACGAUCCCUAAGCAAGCCAGGAUCCCAAAGCAAGCCAGGAUCCCAAAGCAAGCCACGAUCCCUAAUUCAAGCAAGUCAAAUGGACUCCGGACAUGAAACUCAAAGUCGAGGAGGAUCCCGAGUAGCACAAAGGGAUGUGCCUCCGGGAGCUAGUUGAGGCGUGCUAAAAAGAGGGCAACAAAAAUACCGACUCCGGAUCUUUUACCGAGUAGUAUUUCAGCCCUGUCGAAGGGGAAAAUGGCUACUUGGAUGAAUAUUUGUUCGAUGAGUACGAUGACUACGAGGACUAGUAUGCAGCCUUUUACUGAUGAAUCUGAACAUGUCUUCUCCGCCGGACGGUGACUUGAACUCGGAUGAUCGUGACAGUCUUUGAGACCGUCGCUGUAGCUACUUGGCCGUAAUAAUUGUAACAACGGUUGAUU